AUAGCUAUUAAUACAUAAAACCGAUUUAUGUUGAUUUCGGAAUCUAUGUACACUUUGGCAGAGAGAGAUCAAGCCAGCUACCUGCUCAUCCCCUCAUCAUGUCAGCGUACAGCUUUUACCCACUUCUAACACUAACUCUUCUCUUCAUCACAGUAACGCUGCUGCAGCUUUGGUUCAAUCACCGCUACCGUUAUUGGUAUCGCCGCAAAAUUCCAUAUCUGCAACCCACAAUGUUUUUAGGCAAUUUAAAGCCUCUACUGCUAUUUCGCACAUCCUUUGGUGAUUACUUUCGUUCACUCUACGCUGAGCCAUCUUUUCAAUCUGCGCCAUUUUUCGGUUUCUACAUACUUCAUACACCCGCCUUACUUAUACGCGACCCCCAAUUAAUCGAACAGUUACUAAUUAAAGAAUUCAAUAAUUUUCCCAAUCGCUAUGAGGCCGCCGAUCUGCAGAGUGAUCCUAUGGGCGCUUUAACACUACCUUUAGCCAAAUAUGCGAUAUGGCGUAAAAGCCGACGUGAGCUCUCAAAACUAUUCACUAGUGGGCAUAUCAAACAUAAAUUUUAUCCAAAACUUUUAACGAUCGCUAAGCAGCUGGAGGGGUAUAUCACACGUAAACUAACGCAGGAAGAUCAACAACUCUUAGUAAACUCUGGCCUGGCCACCGUGAUUGAGGUCAAGGAAAUGUGCGCGCUCUACACCACAGACGUCACAGCUGCCUUAUUGUAUACCAUUGAUACAGCAGGUCUUAAAAAUGAUGGCUGUGAAAUGCGUACACAGUGCGAAUAUUUGUUCAAGCCUAGUCUGCGUAAGAUCGUCGAUUUCUUCGCUAUAUUUUUCCUGCCCACAGCAGUGCGUGUGCUCAAGUCAAAAGUCUUCACUCAACAAUACGCACAAUAUUUGCGACGACUUGUAGAGCAGCGUAUAAAGGCGGGUGAUCAGCAUCGCGAUAGCGGCGAUCUUAUAGAUUUGUUGUUGAAAAUGCAGCAAUCUUUAGAUGACACAACACUCAGUGACUGGCUGCGCCAUACGGACUUUACAGCCGCGCAGGUGGGCAUUUUUCUAUUAGCUGGCUUUGAGACAUCCUCUUCGCUGAUUGCGCUCAUCUUAUACGAAUUGGCGAAGCAGCCGAAAAUUCAGACAAAAUUAAAGGCUGAAUUAGCAGCUUGUUUUUCUAAAUCGUCUAGCCGUGAUAUUAGCUAUAAAAAAGUUUUGCAAUUGCCAUACCUUCACAUGAUUGUCACCGAAGGAUUGCGACUGUAUCCGACAGCACCUUUUAUAAAUAGAGAGUGCUUACCGAAUGGGCAAGAGCAGACGCUAUGGUACGAGGAGAGAAGCAAGUGUCUGUGCAUACCUAAGGACGUGCCAGCAUAUGUCUCUAUUUUGGGCAUACACAGAGAUCCAAAGUACUGGCCUAACCCACAGCUUUUCGAUCCUCAAAGGUUUGCGCCUGAAAAUCUACCCUCUAUUCAACCAAUGACCUACUUACCGUUUGGUGCGGGUCCACAUGGCUGUAUUGGCAGUCGACUUGGAAUACUACAAGUAAAAUUAGGAUUAAUAUUUAUUCUAAGGAGUUAUCGUGUUAAAGUAUGUGAGCAAACACUUACCAAAAUUCAAUUUGAUCCGAAACGUUUUAUGCUAGAAGCGAAUGGUGGGCUAUACUUGAAGUUUGUCAAGGAAGAAUAAAUUUAAUAAGAACAAAAUAAUAAAUCUGUAAGCGAAAAAUAUGUAUAUAUUUACACUCGCUGCUAUGUUAUUUUUCCUUUUAUAAACAAUUAACUUUAACAAACAAAAACAAAAAAAAUUUGCAC